CUCUCUCUCUCUCUCUCUCUCUCUAGAAAUAGAAGAAUAAUAAUAACCAACAGCGUAGAGAUCUAAUCUCCCUGUCUUUCUAGCUCUUUUCGUUCCUACACAGCACUUCCAGUUUUCUCCCUGCAAAUCUAGAGUGUUCUCACCUACAAUCACUCCUUGUCUUUGAUUCUUUGAUUUUGAUUCCGUCUCCAGCCUGCUGCAGAUCUCUAUGGUAUGCUUUGUUGUUGGUUUGCUUGGGCCUGGUGAUCCGUUUGGUUUUCGGGAAGCUGAAGGAAAAAAGGGGUCUGGUUCUGAUACAUCUGAAGGUUAUGGGACCCUCAUUCUAAUCUCCGUUUAUUGACUUGAAAGUGGGAAGUUUUAUUUGAGAAGUUUUUAAACCGAACAAUGAGGGGAAGAGCGGAUGGAUCACAAAGGAGACGCUUGCUUCCAUCUUUGUGCGUGGUGGCAAUUUUUCUUGUGUUCCUAUAUGUGUAUCAUGGAUCCAUUUUUGGCUCGCAAAAGGCCUUAGAGUAUGGCAGCAGAUCUUUGAGAAAACUUGGUCUAACUGGGGAUGACGAUGCUGAUCUUGGCAGCAAGCUAGAUGAAUCUUCAAGCAAGUUUGGCCAGGAAGAUGGUGAAGAUGAUGUCAUACCAAAGAGCUUUCCAGUUUGUGAUGAUCGGCAUUCUGAAUUAAUUCCCUGCCUAGAUAGGAAUCUUAUAUACCAAAUGAGAUUGAAGUUGGAUCUUUCUUUGAUGGAGCACUAUGAAAGACAUUGCCCUCUUCCUGAGAGGCGGUACAAUUGCUUGAUUCCUCCACCAGCAGGGUACAAGAUCCCAAUCAAGUGGCCAAAAAGCAGAGAUGAAGUAUGGAAAGCAAACAUACCUCAUACUCACCUUGCACAUGAGAAAUCUGACCAGAAUUGGAUGGUUGUAAAAGGUGAAAAGAUAGUAUUUCCUGGGGGAGGCACACAUUUUCAUUAUGGAGCUGAUAAAUAUAUUGCUUCACUUGCAAAUAUGCUCAACUUUUCAAACAAUAAUCUAAACAACGGGGGAAGGAUACGAACUGUUUUUGAUGUUGGCUGUGGUGUCGCAAGUUUUGGAGCCUAUCUUCUUUCUUCGGAUAUCAUAACAAUGUCCUUAGCACCCAAUGAUGUGCAUCAGAACCAGAUCCAAUUUGCCCUGGAGAGAGGAAUUCCUGCAUAUCUUGGUGUUUUAGGGACAAAGAGGCUCCCAUACCCUAGCAGAUCUUUUGAACUUGCCCAUUGUUCUCGUUGUAGGAUUGAUUGGCUUCAAAGGGAUGGGAUCCUUCUUCUUGAGUUAGAUAGGUUGCUCAGGCCAGGAGGCUAUUUUGCCUACUCAUCUCCUGAAGCAUAUGCACAGGAUGAAGAGGAUCUCAGAAUAUGGAGAGAAAUGAGUGCCCUUGUGGAACGCAUGUGUUGGAGAAUAGCUUCAAAAAGGAAUCAAACUGUCAUUUGGCAGAAACCUCUGACUAAUGAUUGUUAUAUGGAGCGAGCACCUGGUACUCAGCCUCCCCUCUGCCGAUCUGAUGAUGAUCCAGAUGCAGUAUGGGGUGUGCCGAUGGAAGCCUGUAUCACUCCUUACAGUGAUCAUGACCAUAAAUCCAGGGGUAGUGAAUUGGCUCCUUGGCCAGCUAGGGCGACCGCUCCACCUCCACGUCUAGCUGAUUUUGGCUAUUCAAAAGACAUAUUUGAGAAGGACACGGAAGUUUGGAUGCAGAGGGUUGAGAGUUACUGGAAUCUCUUGAGUCCAAAGAUUACAUCAGACACGCUGAGGAACUUGAUGGAUAUGAAAGCAAACUUGGGGUCAUUUGCAGCUGCUCUAAAGGGCAAGGAUGUUUGGGUGAUGAAUGUUGUCCCUGAAGAUGGACCUAACACACUUAAACUGAUCUAUGACAGAGGUCUAAUAGGCACUAUCCAUAACUGGUGUGAAGCUUUCUCGACUUAUCCUCGGACUUAUGAUUUACUCCACGCUUGGACUGUUUUCUCUGACAUUGAAAAGAAAGGCUGUAGUGCUGAGGAUCUGCUGAUUGAGAUGGAUCGCAUUCUUAGACCAACAGGUUUUGUCAUCAUCCGGGACAAGCCAUCAGUGAUAGAGUUUGUAAAGAAAUACUUAACAGCAUUGCACUGGGAAGCAGUUUCAAAUGAGCGAGAUGGGGAUGAGCUUGUGUUUCUUAUCCAAAAGAAGAUAUGGCUGACAAGUGAGAGCCUCAGGGAUACAGAGUAAUGCAAGGCAACUUUUUCAUACCAUGGUUCUCUUUACAUUCUCUCCUGCUCUCAUGGAUCAAGAAGCAUGUUGCAGGAAGAGACCAAGUAAUCCGGUUCAUUUUGUAGCAUUAAAAUGAUAUUUUACAUUAUUUUUUAUUUCCUUUUCCUAUAAUUCGGUUGAUAAGCACUGGCUAAUGACUACCAGCAUUUAUAGGCUAUUCAUCAUUUUUGUCUGUUUUCCAUUUUGGGGCCGACUGAGCUACUUCAGCUAAUGACUAAUUACCAGGACAAGAAAGUAUGCCGCUGAAGUACAUAUCUGGCAUUUACAUUUAUUCAUAAAUGAAUCUCCUGCUUUAAUCA